CGGCGGAGCAUUGUACUCACAUCCGGGGCUGGGUUUUGCUUUCAUGCGAAACGUAAUUAACCCGGAAAAAAGAGCCGAGAGACAAGAGAGAAGGAGGGGGCGGGGCGGCGGGGGGACCGGAGCCAGAGGAGCGGGAGGCACCACCGGGAGUUUGGCCGCGAGAGAAAGAAACCCCCGAGAGCGCCGGCCCCGCGGCCGGAGGGGCGCGCCGCACCCCGAUGUGACCCCGCACCCUGCCCGAGCCCGGCCCCUGCGCGGCGGCGGCGGAACUCGGUGCGGGUUCUGGCGCUGGGGCCGCGGACCCGCCACUGCAGCGCGAGCUGCGGGUGGGGCAGGAGAGCAGAGACCAUCCAGGGUGAUGUGAGCAGAGCCCAGGAAUGCCUUAUGUGGAUCGGCAGAACCGCAUCUGUGGGUUUCUGGACAUCGAGGAGAAUGAGAACAGUGGCAAGUUUCUGCGGAGAUACUUCAUUCUGGACACCCAGGCCAACUACCUUCUCUGGUACAUGGACAACCCCCAGAACCUGGCAAUUGGGGCAGGAGCUGUUGGAUCUUUGCAGCUGACCUACAUCUCGAAGGUGAGCAUAGCCACUCCAAAGCAGAAACCAAAGACUCCAUUUUGCUUUGUCAUCAAUGCGCUCUCUCAGAGGUAUUUUCUGCAAGCCAAUGACCAGAAAGAUCUGAAGGACUGGGUUGAAGCUCUGAACCAAGCCAGCAAAAUCACUGUACCCAAAGUUGGGAACCUGCCUCUGACGACGGAAGUUCUCAAAAGCCUAGCAGUCCCGCCAGCCCUCGAGAAGAAGCCGCAGGUGGCCUACAAGACAGAGAUCAUCGGAGGGGUGGUGGUCCACACGCCCAUCAACCAGAACGGUGGGGAUGGGCAGGAAGGGAGUGAGCCAGGCUCCCACGCCAUCCUUCGCCGGUCUCAGAGUUACAUUCCCACGACGGGCUGCCGUGUGCCCACGGGCCACCCCUUCAUUAAGAGCGGCUACUGUGUGAAGCAGGGGAAUGUGCGGAAGAGCUGGAAACGUCGCUUCUUUGCGCUUGAUGACUUUAGCAUCUGCUACUUCAAGUGUGAGCAGGACCGAGAACCACUGCGCACUAUAUUUCUCAAGGAUGUCCUCAAGACCCACGAGUGUCUGGUCAAAUCUGGUGAUCUCUUAAUGAGGGACAACCUAUUUGAAAUCAUCACAAGCUCCAGGACCUUCUACGUACAGGCGGACAGCCCAGAAGACAUGCACAGCUGGAUUAAAGAGAUCAGGGCAGCUGUCCAGGCCCUCAAGUACCACCCCAGAGAAAUGUCCUUUUCUAGAUCCAUAUCUUUGACUCGCUCUGGAAGCUCCAGCCUGUCGGGUGGGCCCAACUCUGUCUUCUGCAGAGGACGGCCGCCCGUGGAAGAGAAGAAAGCCCUCUGCAAAGCCCCCUCCGUGGCCUCCUCCUGGCAGCCCUGGACACCUGUCCCCCAGGCCGGGGAGAAGCUACAUCCCCCCGAAGAGACUCUGGAGGACUCGUUGUUCACGUCUCGACUUGGGGAAAGCAAUACUUCGGGGGCGUUGCCCAGCUCCCGGAUCAGGCACCGAUCGGAGCCCCAGCACCCCAAGGAGAAGCCAUUUAUGUUCAACCUUGACGAUGAGAACAUACGGACUUCUGACGUGUGACGAGGCACAGUGCCCAGGGAGGGGGGGACGGGGAAGACUCAAGAAAAGGAGGCCAUGACUCAGGUUCUUUGUCUGUUGGAGGAUAGUCAGAGGCCUUUAUGCCGCUCAUAUUCCUUUGGAUGCUCUGUGGGAGGGGCCCAUCCAGCUGGCUUUUUUAAAAAAAGAAAUAUCAGCGCAGUGUAUUUAAUUUGGGAUAAUCACUAGGUUAGACCUGUGGGCAUGCUCAAUGGAGAGCAGGUUGCCUCUUGCUCGACUAUUGCAAGGUCAUCCUGAUGAGAGAAGAUUUUUGUCCCUCACCAAGUUUUAUUUCCUCGGCCUCGUUUUAGUUCCUUCUCUUUGUUUUCAGGACAGACACAGAAUCUUAGGCCAGCCAUCUGGUUUUAUCCUGUUCCUCUGUAGCAGCUGAAGUUUGACUGUGAAGUAGAAGGAUAGUAACUAGCCCACCUAACCAGAGAGAGGAAAGGUGGAGAUCCAGGCUCCCCUUCACUGGGAUCCAUUCUAAGGGGAGGUGUUAAAAUCUGGGGGCUACUCUAUCAGGGCAGAUCCCCAUAGAGAAAGAAAUAGGGAUCUCUUGUAAGGAAUGGGGAAUGAUUAAUUCAAUACAUCAGUCAAUUUGGGGAAUGACUCUGUUCUCAUGUAGAUGCUUUUUGACCCCAAAUACUGUCAGUGUGAGUGACAGAUCCGCCCACCUGGUUUCUGGGUCCAGCCUUAAGGAUGGGUUUAUCAGUGUUAAAUGUUAUGAUUGUUUGAGAACAGACAUUUCCCUUGAUAUGGUGUUAGUUGGAAUGCGUGGAGGGUUGACACUUGUAUAUAAUUCACUUGUGUGAUAGGUCAGAUCUCUCUUUUAGAGUCUUAGGUUUGCUGUGAAGCAGGUGCUGGGAAGAGAUGGGUUAGCGUUUCCUUGAUCCAUGUUUUCCAAACAGAAGGAAAGGCCUGUUUUAUCCUAGACAGAUUAUCUGGAAUCCUUGCCUCACAGCUCCUUUUUAAUAGUCCAACAGUAGUCUAAGUUUAAGAGCUGUAGUAUCGUGUACCCUGGCAGAUUUGCUUUCUUUUUAUUGUUUGUGUCGUCCUUUGAAUGAAGCCUUAUGUUCUUGCAUGAUCCAACCUUAUAAUCUGAUGAGGUGUUCCAUGUACUGAAGAGCAGAGAUAGAAAGAUAAUCUUGAUAGAUAUUUAUAUUUUUAAUACAAUAGAAACUGCAUAGAAACACUGAUUUAGAGGCUAUGCUUUGCUGACUAGAGAUGUCCCAGGAAGAAGAGCAUAGAUUGCAUUACUCACCCAAAUUUCAGGGUGUACCUUCUUCCAUUUGGGGGAAGAAAAAAAAAAAAGUCUAUUUCUGGGCCCCUGGGAGGAUUUGUCUAUCCAAUUCAUAUGGUGAACUGCUAUCAGGAACUUAUCAGGGUUCCCUAAAGGAAGAGACAAGGUAACUCAUUUCUGUCUAUAACUUUUACCAGCUAGGUCAGGUAAUUAUAUUUUUAAAUUAUAAAAUCAGUGACUUGUGGAAGAGACUAAGAGAAGUAUUUUCACCUAAGUAAAUUCCUUUCCCUGCUUAUGUCCACAUCCAAUGCAGAGGUGAAAAGAUGUGAUCAGAAAAUCCUUAGGGACUUGAGGGAAAUCUUAUGUUUUCCUUGAAGUCAACGUCAUGUUGAGAACCAUUCUUGACUGCACUGUGUUGGAGCUACCCUUCUCUUAAAUUGUUUGGCAUAGUGGUCCUGGUAUAAAAAGAAAAUCUACUACUGGGUCUCUCUCUCUCCCUCUCUCUCUCUCUCUCUCUCUCUCCCCUCCCCCCCAGACUUUUGUACACCUUUCUACUCAGAAAUGAAAAUUAUUUGCCUACAUCAAAGAAAGUACACAAUAAGUCAUACUGAAUUAAUGAAAAUAAUUUAGAGACUUUUGAGGUCUCUUUAAACAUUCCCUAACUCAUGGAAAGUUGCCACCUUUUGGUAUGUAAACUGUAAAAAUGUAUCUGUUUCUCUCUUUUAAAAUUAAACUCUCUGUUAGAUAACUACUGCUACAUUAAUUGACCAUUAUAAUAAACUGAUAUGUUUCUUAUUCAUUAGUCUUUUUUUGAGAAUGUGUUAAAUUGAACAUGCUUACAAAUCCAAAUUGUGUUAUCUUGAUGGGGAAAACAAGGACUCUAGUUGGCAGUUUCUUGGAAAUCCCAAGUCAGAAUAUGUUAAUGUAGUUCCAACCCCAGGUAAAUAUAAUUAUCUUCACUGAAGCCUGAAGGCAUUCUCAUUCCCAAGCCGUAUUUCAGAAUUCCUUUUGUGUCCAUAUUUCUUACCUUCUGGCCAGUUUCACAGCACAGCCUUUUAAUGUCACUACACAUGUGAGCCAAAGAUGGUGUAUGUACAGCAAAAGCAUUUCCUUUUAAAUGUAUAAAAUGGAAGCAAAGAAAAAAAAUAGGGCAGGGAUGCACAAUAGGUUAGUAGUUCAAUGCAUAGGCUCUGGAAUAAAUCUGAGUUAAAAAAUAAAAUAAAAAGAACUAAAAAAAGGCACUGCAUUUUCUUUGUGGAAUAAAACCCUUCUCUGGGUUGUGCUGUUUUUACCAGACAUUUGAUGGGGUCUUGAUUCACUUAAUAGUAACUACUUCAGGUGGUCUUCCCUAGAACUGAACUAUUCACCAUCCACUGCUUUUGAAAGCUUACCGAUUUGCUCUCUUAUGUCAGUUGAUGGUGAACAGAAUUGGACUUUUUGCAUACUUGUGAGACAACAAAAACAUACAUUAAGUAGAGUGACCUCCGGUCAAAAUGUUGGAAUUACACAUCUGUUUCUGGGUAGAAUGCUGGAAGAUUCCCAUGAGAAAGUAGAUUCAAGGUCCAGUUUUGUGGUUCACUUACAAGUUUCCCCCCUCUCCCCCCCCACUUCCUUUGAAUAUAACUGCUCUGACAUAGGGUAAAAGGACCCAGGAAAUAAAUAGCAGGCUCUGUAGUGGAGCAGUGGGAUUUGAUGUCUAUUUGCGCUGAGAACUAAAUAAAAAAGGCACAAGGAGGUAACAGUAUUUUGGAAAUGGGAGUUUCCCCAAUCAGCUUCAUUUAUAAACUUUGAACAUGUCAGAAAUGCUUCCGUUUAUUAAAUCCUUUCUAAUUAUUCCCCUUUCUCUCUGCGUUGUUGCCUGCGGCAGUCAGUGCCCGUCACUCAUCUACAAUAGAUAGGGUUUGAGCUGUGUGAUCCCUUCCCCACUGCUUAGGAAGGUGUGGCAUGAUUCUGUGUUUUGAACCAGUAUGUUUCAGCUGUGAAAUGCACCCGCUGAAACGGCUGAGCUGAGAGCAUGGAAACUGUUGUGCUUCUCAUGUUAUGUGCUCUCUGAAUUGGUAUGUAGCAGAAAAUUAAUUUUCUAAAACUGUUUAGUGGCUUGUUUUGUAAUAAAAACACGAGGAUACU